AUGGAACAAGGUUCCAAACCACGCGCUCGCUGCUUUAAUUGGAUUUCGCUCGUGAUCCUAAUGGCAGCGAUCUACGUUGUACUGGUCUCGGUUUUUAUGGUGACUCUUUAUCGCUUGGUAUUGACACAGACUACAAGAAUUCAAACACUCGAGGCAAAGACAAUCGAACUUUCAGCUCGCGUCUACAAGUUGGAACUAAGUUUAACAAAUAUUAAGAGAUCUGAAGCAAAAAGUGUAAGUGAAACUGAUCGAGUUGUGCAUGGAAAGCUCACCAGUAAGGUACGUUGGUAACUUCUAAGAUCUGUAGUAAUCGCUGCAAAAACAAAAGCGACUUUUGUACGAUAAAAUUAUGCAUAAACUAAUGUUUUCAUUUGAAUGAACGCAAAGUAACCUGACUGUGUCUUGUUUCAGCAGACGCCUUUCAGUUCCCUUCAGUCAAGAGAUAAGCGCCAAAUGGGAGGUGUUCCACACCCGACAGGUGAAAUAAAGUGUUUCGUUUACUUUUUAUUAAAAGAGAAACAUCACGAUAUUUUUCUCACGUUUUCUUGUAAACUACUCUAGAGUCACCAAGAUUCAGUCGCUGAUGCACAAAUGGCCUUUGAACAGCGAUUGAAGGACAAAUUCAGUGUCCGAAGCGUGAGCAAACUAUUGAAUUUUCCCAAAUGACAUUGCCAAACUUAAAAUAUCGCCGACGAUUUUAAGUUUUUUAGCGUGAGACAACAUCUAUCUAAUGUGUAGUCCUGAGCCAAAGUUAGGUUCUGGUAUAGUAAUUUUUAGUAAGACCAGGAGCCAUAUUACAGGAAUUUCCAUUGACACAAACUGAAACAUUUCCGUCGAAAAAACUUUACGUUAGAGACCUUAAGACCCUAUCACUGUUGCUUAGUUUCAACGAAAAAUAAUCUCACCCUGUUUUAAUUGCCCCCAAAGUGAUCAAAAUAGGCAUUCUCAUCGUUAUGUUUAUACCAGGUUUGUUAACAUAGUUGGGAGAAUUGCAAUACCGAUAGAAGGAAACCUUUCGUUCCGCAAUAAACGGCACACGUGUUGCCAUCUUCUUACUAACCGAAAACGAAAGGAAGAAAUGGCAAGUUCAUACUCUUAGCAAAGUAGUUCUGAAAAUUACGUAACAGAGUCUUACAGAGAGAGUAGAUCAGCGACAAGUGCAGAGACGUUUGCAACAUCUUUUGUCAGUGCAGUUUAACUACUUCCGCAUAUUUUGUACUCCGCCAUUCUUUAAAAAUUAAUGUUUUACUUUCAAGAUGUUUCUCACAACUGUUAGAUUUGAAGUAUACUCAAAAGCGUCCACUAUCGAUAUAUUAGGGACCUUAAGCAAGGACGACAACGACGGCAGUGAAAACGUCGGUAAAAAUAAAAAUUUGCGUUCUUUCAAACUUAAUCGCGUCAAUUUGGACCCGCUCAAUAUGUUAAAUGCAAGCGACUUUUCCUGGAGUUGAAUUCUUAAGGAUUUUAUUCAGGUUCAAAAAGAGGAAGGAAAAUUCGUCGUCGUAUGUCCACGUCCUCCAUGAAACGUCAAACAAGGAGGUUUCACGUCGUAGUCGUGCGGUGGACGUCAAAGAAAUGUACUAAAAAGCGUGAUGCACGUGCAGAGCUUUGUUUUGAUCAUUAAACCUAUUGUUUUUUGGAAGUCGUCGUUGUGGUCGUCGUCGUAGUUGCUAAAGCUCCCUAUUAAAAUUAACGAAAAAAAGUGGGAAACCACCAGAAAUAUUUCCUUUGCGCCUUGGAAAGCCUCUUGGAUCACAGUAGUCCACUUCCUGUUAUUUUGCGGUUGAUACGUAUUGAUAAUGGUCGCCCUUUAGCCCAGGGUCAAUUUAAUCGUUUACAUUCAAAUGUUAAUCUUACACGGUCAUUAGUGAUACGAAGACCCCCUGAGGAUAAAUGGAUCAUUAAGGUUUUAAUUCAAAACAACUUUUACAUACCUAGCUUCCUUGAAUAAGCUUUUAAAGCGCCUUUUCUGUCACAUAAAUUCUGUACAAGGUCUUAACCCUGCAGGUUAAACGUAAUAAUGAUUAAUAUUUAAUAUGAGGGCCCUCUUCGAACAUUCACCAUUUGUGUACUCACUCACAACCGCAACGCGGAACCGAGACCUUUGGAGCGGGAAAACAAAAUGAUAGCUCAGUAAGCGUGCCAACUUGGAUUAUGAGGCGUGUGGCAAGCACGAUUUGACGCAUAUAUAAUAUAAGAAUGUACCCUCCAUUUCGGUUGGAAAAAAGAAAGAGAAACACGCGUCAAGAUGGCAUUCUUUGUCACUGAAAUGAGGUCUGCCAAUUGUACUAUUAGUACACUGGUGAGGCUGAUAUUUUCGUUUUCUUGACACGUGGUAAGUGUCGCCUGGCUUAUUUACGGUUCAACCAUCUUUAACAUUAGCUAACAUUGAAUACCGUAAAGUUCAGAACGAUAAACAGUAUUUUCUCAAUUACACUACUACAUGAGAAAUUUCUGCAAUUUGAUUGGCUUAGAGCAGUGGUAUUUCGGCUUAAUUUGAAAUACCUACAUGUGAAAAUUACAAAACCUUUGAGGGCAGAAGUAUAAACAAAUAAUAGCAUGAUUUGUACGUGAUAUUUGGCAUAAAUACCACUCGUGAUAUUUCAAAAUUGUCUCAAAUUUUACUCGCCUAACGGCUCGUGAAAUUACGUAUAACAAUUUCGAAAUAUCACUCAUGGUAUUUAUGCCAAAUAUCACUACAAAUCAUGCUAUUACCUAUACCAAUACGCUCUCGGUGUUGGAUUUCAAUACACACUUCGCGUGGUUGCCCGGUCGGUGUUUGUUUGAAACUGUACUUUAUGCUGGCCCGACGUUUUAAUAGUAAGAAAGAGUGGUUGCUCACUGUUCUUGAGAGCAAUGAACCUUGCCGUUGUGUUCAAAUUACGGGUUGAAUAACAAAUUCUCCAGUUAUUCUUGGGACGCUAUUAUUAAUCGAAAAAAAAAAAACUGAUGUCCAGCUCCGGCUCGUACACUACAAGAUGGGAUAAAAGAAAAUUCUACCUUGCAUUUCUACAGCACAGCUUCUUACUCAAACUCCUUAAUUUUUCUUUACAGGUUACAAGUGUAAAAAAGGUAAGAUCAUAAGUAGCUUUAUUCUCAAGUACUCUCUGUGAUGUGUGAACCUUUUAAUUAGUGAAAUCCUAAAUCAGUUUGCGUAUUUCCAGAAUUCUUUACAGUAUGCUUUUUUAACCAGACUAAAAAGAAGUGUUUCAAAACAAGCCACAUAGCAGAGCUGAUCAAAAUACUUUUUGAAUUUGAUCGCUUUUUUGAGCUUCAAAAUGUCGUAAAAAGUCAAAUUCAUUCCAAUACAAUCUACAGGACGCGCUUGUGACCGGAUGUAUUUUUUUUGUUGAGUGGUAGAUGGGCCUAUAAACUGAGGGGGCGGGGGAAGCUUAUAAUCGGAAGUUUACGGUAUUUUAAAACGUUUCGAAGAACAAGAAAAAUGAACUUUGAAAACCUGUUGCGCUAAUACGUUUUCACAGAAAUAACAAUUGCAGUCCGUUUCCGAAUCUUCUUUUAAAUUUGUCCGUCCGAGCCUCCUUUCCGUUUUAAGCUGUCAUUUUUAUAUUUUGCUAAAUUUUGUGGCAGUUCAUCCUGUUUUUGAAUAUUUUGAUAAAUGCCGCGACACAGCUCCUUACGCACGCGCAGUAUUUCUAAGAGAAGAAACUAAAUGUCGGGCUAUCUUAGGAGUUUAAGGGUAAAACUUAUUUACUUUGUGUCCAAGUGUAAAUCCGGGAACCAUCACUGAAAUUGAUCUGACUUUAGUGACGCUGUUUUUCCAUUUUUUCUUUUAGUUUGCAAAGGCAAGAGAGGUGAGCGAUGAAAAUAGUUGCUUAGCUUAAAUCACAGGAUAAGCCCAGUCCUGAAGGUUUCAUUAGGCUGCCGGUUUGUAAGGAAUUAAUAUACGUGGAACGUUUUUCUUGAACCUUUUCAUGAUGUAACAAUUUAUAAUAUCCACUAAAGUGGAGGUCUUGAAUACAGUAGGCUCUUCGGUAGCAAUAUUUUGAUAUACACCAAAUAACUGAAAUAAGACACAAAUUAUCCCAGCCGGGAGUAGAUGCAGUUGCACGUCAAAAAGAAUUAGGAAAGUAGUUAAACUUGAUUUUUCUCUUUGAGAGCUCUUAGCUGUGGUGAAUUCUGAGCAACAGAGGUUUGUAUGAACGUUACAAAGGAACGUCUGCGUGAUGUGGGAGGCUACCUUACACUUAAUUAUCUAAUAAAUGCUUUGUAACUUUUAAGUUAAGCUUCUUAAAAGAAGCUGGCCCCUACAAUGUGACCGUGACGUAAAUUUGCUGAAGGGCCAGGGCCCAGUUGUUCGAAGGCCGAUUAGCGCUUAACCUAGGGUUAAAUUUAACCCGGGUUUCUUUUUCUUUUGUUCAAAAGCAUUUUCUCGGAUAAGUUCCUCUGUUAUUUUUAAGAGCAUCCAAUCAUCAACUGGCUGACAGAAAAAUUGAACUAAAUUUACUUUUUAAUCUUUCAAAUCUGAAUUCAAAUUUCCCACUAACCCUGGGUCAUCUAAACCCAGCUUUGAACAACCCAGCCCUGGAGUUUCGUUUCCCUUCAACAAGAUUAAUAAAAACGGCUUUCCCCAGCAGGUAUGAAAGGCGAACAAGGACCACAGGGACCUCAAGGUAUAGCUAUAGCUCCUGGUUUAGAUUAACUAACGGGGCCCCGGGGAUUUACCUCAGUUAUUUUCUGACUAAGUAUUGACGCUUUCACUUUUAAAAAAUCCAAACCGGCAAACAAACUUGCCCGCGAAUACAGCCGUUUCUCCUUGCUCCUCGCCGCUAAGGACCUUUCGACAGGAGGAACGUCUGCGACUCAGAGACAGAAAUUCCAUCCUGAUGACGUAAAAUUUGUCCGGAAUCUGGUCAGGAGCUCUGAUUGGUCGACGUAGUAGUUAUAUUGUUUUACCUAUUGUUUACGAAUGACAGACAAAAGACAAAAGGCCACAAAGGUCAAAUAUAAACGUGAUUAAUCUAUUACAAAACGGUCAAUAGAAAAAGCAUCUGAGGUUUCCUGGAGCUCGUUCGCAAAAGAUCACAAAACUUUACCAUGAUCGACCACGAGAAACAUAAAAUCAAACAAAUUUACAUUUGGAAUCCCCUGACUCCCGGAUUUAUUAUGUAAACAUUGAUUUAUGUCAUCAAUAUGGAAUUUCUGUCCUGAGUUGCAGACGUUCCUCCUGGCGAAACGUGUCCCUGGCGGCGAGGAGAUAGGAAAAACGGCUGUAUUUUUUCUUGUUUGCUUGUUCAAACAAACUACGAAAAACAGUUAAAAGUGAAACAGGCAAUACCAAGGAAAAAACUCGGUAAUACCAAAGGGUCUCAUUCUCAGACUCUAAAAUAAGAAUCAGAUUCAAAAGAUGUACAUGGACUAAAGCCGGUCGAACCUUUUCCAGCGGACGCCAACUUUACUGUGAACUGUGAUAAUUUUAGAAAAGAUUGCAUCGUGAUUCAGCCAUUUAUUUCUCUGAAUUACCUUUCAGGACCACCUGGACCGCCCGGCCCACCUGGUCUUUUGGUGAGUAUUACACACAGGUGCUUUCUUAUAAUAAUGAUCAGCCUCCAAUUUCUCCUGAAAGUUUCACUAAUCGAGAGGCAGACAGGUAAGGUGAAUUAAUGCUCAAAGAUUUAUCCCGGGGAUGAGCAGAUGACGUUUGAGUACAGAUGACAUUUCAAGUAUGAAAAGUCCAUCACAUUCAGCAAACUUAAGGCUGGGAGAGGUGAAUGGUCCUGUUGCGGCGAGAAAACGUGUAACAGGGACAAAUCAAGCGCACUACAGAUCAGGGACAUGUAACAGGGAUCUAGCAGAGCAGCAAAAGAAUAGCAAUGUCCGCGCACACAAGAAAAUGAUACAUGUUUUCUUUGUCAGUUGUUUUUCCAAGUGUACGAAGAGAUGGUAGUUCGUACCCUUGGCAACAACUAUUGAUUUGGAUUCAAGAACGUGCCAUAGUACCCUAACAACAUUAUACUGACCUAGGUGACCUGUCCCAUGAAAUUCUUUGAGCGUCGUGCGACAAUUUGUUAAUUUAUUUAUUUGCGGGAAAACCAUAACACACACAUCAUACAACACUUUGCUAAAGGAAAGCGAACCCUCUUUCAAUGUUGUUUUGACGAUAACAAGAUUUGUAACAGGUUAAACGCCAGAACAACAAAGGAUUGUCAGGUGGGCACGGAAUCAAUGCAUUCGUUUCUGGCGACAACAAUCACUGAACACAGAAAGAUAGAAAGGUUUUUGUUACAGCGUGGCUUGAGCAAAAUGGGUCAGUAUAAAUAUUUCCUAUGAUGAGGAUUUAGGCAUGCAAGACUCAGAUCAUACCUUGUAUUUCAGAUGAACGAAAGCAUCCAUAUGGUCGGCAAGGGAAGAAACAUAACAAAUAACAGUAAGUCUUUACGAACGAAGGAGAUAAGUUUGUCAAUUGUUCUGAAUUGUUGAAGUGUGCCGUUCGAUACAAAUGGAUCAGAUAGUCAACAUAAGACGUUUUAAAUGUUCAGAACUCUGUGCUCUAACUACAUGUAGUAUAUAAUGGGUGUUUCCUGCAGUAGUAGCCUCCCAGGCACACGUUCCUUCGUGGGGAGGGAACGAGUGAAGAAGCCGCCCGCCCUCUAAAACCCCCUACGUAUUGCGGUUGUGAAGAGCUGGCAGUUUGAAAACGUUUUGCGGAUUUUGAAAUGAACAAUGGCUGGCAGUUCGGCAUAAAACGCUUCUCUUUUUUGGUGCGUAGAGCGCAGGAUGUUUUCAAGUUCAAAAUUUUGACAAUGGAUUUGUUCAAUAGUAGUUCAAACGAACCUCUAAAUAACCAACUGGUUUACCUCUUACCUCGGCAUUUUUAAUGUUAUGUUUCAUGUAUAUUAUUUGUUUCAUUUCUUUCGCCCAUUAUUAUUAUUAUUAUUAUUAUUAUUAUAAAUAUAUGAAAACUGAGAACCCCGAUGUUAUAGCAACCAAAAUUUUCCAGUCCCUCGGCCCUUCGUUAUAUCAAGGUUACACUGUAUGUAACACUGACUCUAACUGUCAGGUUAUAAUCCUUUUUUAAGAACACCAUCGUAUAACUAAAUGGAAUGUGAAACACAAGUCAGGCAGUAUGGAGUAUGAAGAGACCAAGGGAGAAAUCAAGGUGAAACGAGCCGGUUACUACUUUGUGUACAGCCAAAUGUUCUAUGCCGACGGUGGUGACAAAAUUCUUCAGAUGGCCCACGAGACUUACAUCAGUGGCGAAAAAGUGAUGAGCAGUGUGGAAAGUAUCACUUCAAAAGACUCCCACUCUCGGCAGCACCACACAAAGUACCAUGGUGGCGUGUUUCAUGUUAAGGCUAACGGCACCAUUUUUGUUGCUGUAACUAACACGUUCCGUUAUCUAGUACAUCCUACUCGUAGCUUCUUUGGGGCUUUUUUGCUUCACCUCUAAACCUGACCAC